AUGGAGAGUGGUCAUGCUCCACUUGCAGUUGAAGUUCCUGAUGGUGUUGGUCAAAGGGUUGAUGCGGGGGGUGGUGCAGGUGCUGCUACAGGGGGUGUUGGGGUUGGUGCAGGGGUUAGUGCAGGAGGUGGUGCAAGAGCUGCUCCAAGGGGUGCAAGGGUUGGUGCAGGGGGUGGUGCAGGAGCUGCUACAAGGGCUGCUAUAGGGGGUGAUGCUAGUGUGGGGGUAGAGGAGGAGUUUAAUUGGUUGUAUGAAGGUCUGGAAGGAGAAGACUUUGCUGAUGAUAUUUUUGGCGAGUCUUCUCCACCUCACAGAGUUCCAUCUGAGCCUAACACUGUUCCACCUCAAGCAACCACUGAUACACCUCAGCCAAGCACAGAUACACCUCAGCCAAGAAUGUUCCACCUCCAAACAUAG